AUGCGGUCAUUAAGGGACAAAGCUGAAGGAUACCUGGGACCAGCCCGACACUUAGGCUGGGAGAACCAUUAUGUUCGUCCAACAGAAUAUCUUGAUAGUGCCUUCCUCCUGAUGUCCUACCCGCCUGCAGUCGCCCAUAGGCCUACACAAGAGGGCCUCGGACAUAUAUAUAAAGCCCUGUGGUGGACCGGAAUUCGUCAGAGGGUCACCUGCUCGUACAGUGAACACAACAAGCCGCCCACCGCCACCCAUCCUCCCGCCGCCGCCAUGAAGGUCUUCGCCGCCGCCGCCCUCCUGUGCCUCGUCGCCGCCGCCUCCGCCCGCAUGGCCUACCAGCUGCCUGCCGACGCCGUGGCUCUCGUCCGAAGCGGCGUCAGGGAGGUCUUCUCGUGCCAGGGCCGCGCCUUCGGCUACUACGCCGACGUGGCCAACGACUGCAGGAUCUUCCACGUGUGCCAGCCCAUCGCCGACGAGGAAGGCCAGGAGCUGGAGAUGGCCCACUUCUCCUUCAUCUGCGGCAACCAGACGGUGUUCAACCAGGAGGCCCUCACCUGCACCCACCCUGAAGACGCCUUCCCCUGCACCGAGGCUGAGACCCUCUUCGAUAUCACCAAUUCCGAAUUUUUCAGAAUCCCUGAAGAAUCUAAUUAAGAAUAGUAAUAUAAAAAAGAUAUAUACGUUAAAAAAAGAUGUCUUUAUGUUGGUAAGACAUUGGGUUGUCUUUCUUGAUCUCUGUGAGCUGAUGCAGUACAGUGUAUUGGUCGGUUCAUUUUUUUUUUUUAAUAUGAGUAUUAUUUUUUUAUAUAAAUCUCAUUUGACACCAAAAUCUGUUAAUAAAUUG